AUGUUACGACACGGGAGCGUACUGGGGCUCUUGUUGAAGCCCCUCGGCUGGAUUCCUAAUGGCCCUCAGCAUGCCGCCUACGCCGCUGCCCUCGGCCUGGUUGCAAUCCAGGUCGGCAUUGGCAUUAUCAUGAAGAUUGCUCAGACCGGCGGCUCAUAUUCCUUCUCGCCGUCCGCCUCGGUGACCAUAUCCGAGUUCUUCAAAAUGGUUCUGUCCAGCAUCUUCUUUUACAACGAGUGCAAACGUCGAGCCGCCGACGGCAUCCGUCCCUCGACCCGCGGAGGCGGUAGCGGCUACUCCUCCCUUGCCACCUCCGAGUUGCCUACGAACGAGAGGAGUAGUCUGGACGAGAAACGUGAGGAGGAAGGCCUGAACGGCAGCGCCAGCUCGAGCAGCAGCUCCGCCGUCGACAAGCAGGCUCCCCUGCCGAAACUCGACUUGAGGACAUACUGGAGCUAUGUUCGCGGCGAAGUUACGAGAGACGUGCGAUACGGCUUCUGCAACUUGGCGCUGUUCUACGUGCUUAUCAACAACUCGAUUUUCGUUAGCUACAAGAUGGCCGACCCCGGUACCAUCCAACUGACCAAGAGCGGCGUGACAUUCAUCACCGCCCUCGUCAUGAUCGCGACCCUCAACACCAAGAUCUCCAAGAUCCAGUGGAUUGCCAUUGUCAUGCAGAUUUGCGGCUUGAUGGUUACGCAAUACAACCCCCAGACGGGUACGACGUAUCCUUUGAGCACGUAUUUGAUCUUGCUCUUCCAGGUCUUCCUGAGUGCUUCUUCCGGUGUGUACAACCAGGCGUUGCUCAAGACCGAUGACUCGAGCUUGCACGCCGACAACAUGAUUCUGUAUGCUGCGGGCGCCGCCAUGAACUUGAUGUGCCACUUGGUCAUCAAGACCCUCAAGGCCGAUGAGCCUGGCUUCUUCGAGGGCUACAACAGCUUCGGCGCCAUCAUGGUUAUUGUCAGCAAUGUCUUUAUCGGCUUGGCCAUCACUGCUGUCUACAAAUACGCCGACGCCGUCAUCAAGUGCUUCGCGACGGCCGUUGCGACCGGCAUUCUCCUCUACGUCUCACCCGUUCUCUUCGGCACCAAGCUCAGCUUUUUGGUCCUGCCCGGCACUGUCGUAGUCUUCAUCGCCUCGUGGCUGUACAUGGAUAACCCGCCGCCAAAGGAUCCUAACGCGGUGCAGUCAAACGAACCCCAGAAGAUGUCUUUUUUCAGCAAGCUGGCGGCCGUCGCCCGCAAGUUCAACAAGAUGUUCUUGAUCGUUGCGACUUUCAUCACCGUCGUCAUCGUGGCCUUCCUGACAAUGUCCGAGGCAAAGAUGCCCGAUUUUGCCAAGGACGGUGGUUCAAAGGCUCCUCCUCCGCCUGGGGCGCAGCCAGUCACCGGCACUGAGGAGAAGAUUGUGUCGCCUUUCAAGAACACCAUGGCAAUGAUCAGGUGGAACUCGGCUCGCCCUGAACGCAUCCCGAUGUUGCAGAAGUACGAGCCGUUCUUCCACACGGUUCACAUCUCCAUGCCCAACAUGGUCAAGGACGAGGACCCCGAAUUCCACAACUUGACGCACGACCAAUUCCCCGGCACCUUCACCGUCUACAAGCAGGUUGCCCGCACGAUGAAGCUCAUCCUCGACACCCAGCCCGAGAUCGACGGUCUCAUGUACUACCACUUCGACGCUUGGAUCGACCCUCUUGGCUGGACAGGCAUGAACCCCUACAACAUCCACUUCCCCGCCAUCAUCGAUACCGCGCCGCCCUCUCACGGUGGACCCGAGUACAUGUGCUUGACCGACAUCAAGAACUACAACUGGUGGGGCUGGGGCCAGGACUUCCACCGCACCGCCAUGGCCGCGGCUGCGGUUGUCGACAACUUCGACCUCGAGUACAAGGUGCGCCGAGAUGAGUGGUGCGUCGGCUGGAGUGACAUCUACUACAUCCCCCGCCGGUUCUUUGCGGACUACAUCUUCUUGUCCGAGGUUUUCGCCGGCUUCGGUGUCUUCCACGAGGUCGCCAUUCCCACCAUUAUCCACAUCAUCGACCAGAGCCGCCGCCGCAACCCUUUCCGGUCUGUCAUUGAUCACAUCAGCGAUUGCUGGGGCCACUGCUGCAGCUCGAACCCCAAGGUUCGCGAUGUUCUUGGUGCUCGGUGCGGUCACCGCCUCAACUACCUCGAGGAGGUUCCGACGAACGCCUUCUACGACAAGCUCGACGCCCAAGCCAGCAUUCUUGGCCAGCCGCUCAACGCGACCAAGUAUGCCAUGACUAGCGCCGAGAGUGCCCACAUGUUUGAUAGUGCGGCCCUCGCUAGCCUCAACAAUGGCGACGCGAAGAAGAUUGCCCCUGCCAAGGACGACGCCCUCGAGGAUGAUCAGCGGGCGGACAAGCUGGCUGCGGACAAGACGGCACAAGAAAAGGAGAAGCUCAAGACGGAAAACGCACCUGUUGACAAGACCGGCAAGCCUGGCGACCCCAAGGCGGACCCCAGCAAGGCCAAGCCGCCAACAGAAAAGGAGGGCCACAAGGAACCGCCUAAAGAAGCUCCCAAGGAGGCCCCGAAAGAGGCACCCAAGGAGGCACCGAAGGAAGAGAAGAAGGAUCCAAAUGACGCCCUGAGGGACACCGAUGCCAGGCGGAGGGUACGACGCGAGGUCGUCGCCGCCGUGGCCGGGCUGGGCUACUAA